ACGCAUUGCAACAUUGACCGUCGUCGAGUGUAGCGCGUCUUGCCAGGUGGUAUCAACCCACGACGACAUCCGGUUGCCCGCCCUCAAGGUCCGCGGUUAGACCUCACCGUGGGUAUGAGAAAAUCACCUCCGUCCUUCCUGUUGGUCUCCAGUAUUGGCCCAACCCGACGGACGAUAUUUCCCGUUUUUCUAGCACGAUGGCAUCGGCGUCCCCAACAUACCGCUGGCGGUAGCCACUCCUUCGGCGCCGCCGCGACAUCCGGCGACAUAACACCACCGCUGCCCGAUUCCGGUCUCAAACUUCCGUUCCGCUUCGAGACCGGCUUAUCCCUCUUCGCCAAACGAACUCCGAGACCAUUCCCCCCGCCGUUCUUAUCCCCUCCGUCUGGCUCCUUCUCAGACCCCCUCAGCACCCAUCACCGGAGUCGCGACAAGCGGGCGUCUGUCGGUGGUGAGCCCAUUCGUGGGCGGACCAACGGGGACGACGCCGUAUAUGCCAGCGACUACUUCAUAUGUGCUAACGACGGGGUUGGCGCCUGGUCAGCUCGCCCGAGGGGCCAUGCAGGCUUAUGGUCUAGGUUGAUACUGCACUUCUGGGUGGCCGCGAUGCAGGAAGAUAUGGCAAGAUCACGAUCGACAGACCAACCCUACCGCCCAGAUCCCAUACGCUAUUUGCAGCAUGCGUAUGAGCGCACGAUCGAGGCCACCUCUGGGCCGAACGGUUUUCUAGGGACCACGACAGCCGCCGGGGCGCAACUCUUCUACAAGACUGACACGGCUGACCCCACGUCGCCCGUAUCGCCGCUUCUAUACGUGACCAACCUGGGCGACUCUCAGAUCAUGGUUGUGCGCCCGAAAAGCCGGGAGAUGGUGUACAAGUCGAAGGAACAAUGGCAUUGGUUCGACUGUCCGAGACAACUCGGCACCAACAGCCCAGACACGCCAGUCGACAACGCGGUCCUAGAUACCGUGGAGCUGAUGGAGGGCGAUGUCGUGCUGGCGAUGUCGGACGGCGUCAUUGAUAACCUCUGGGGACACGAGAUCGUCGAAAACGUGUCCAAGAGCGUUGAGCGCUGGGAGGCGGGAGAAGGAGGCGAGGCGAGCGGGCCCCGCAAAGACGGUGCCAACGGCGGCAUGCUAUUCGUAGCACAGGAGCUCGUCAACGCCGCGAAGCAGAUCGCGACCGACCCUUUUGCAGAGAGCCCCUUCAUGGAACAUGCCACCGAAGAGGGACUAGCCAGCGAAGGAGGGAAACUUGAUGACAUCAGUGUUGUGGCCGCCUUGUGCCAACGGAAUGCAGUUCCGUAAUUCGAUGAUAGGUCGCUAUGCACGGCUAUGUAGAUAUUUUGCUCGCAGGCGGUGCUGGGUCGCCCGUGUCAUGGCACGGGCACGGAUGCGAAUAACCCAUUCAACACCUACCUAUUUCCUAACACAUUACACGGCCUUGAGGCGCCCAACCUAGGGAUAACUUGAAGGGAUUAGAUUUGCUUAGAUAUAUAUACAGGAUAUACUGGGAACAUAGGAGCGUUGGGAGAUUCGUAUAAGCCAUGGAGAUACCUGAGUAGGUACCUGAUAAUCUAUAGUAAAGAAGACGUGGAAUAAAUAACUACGUACAUUGAAA